AUGUCGCUGUACGCCACCGCUAUUGUGGUUUCUGUUCACCUUUUACUUGGCGUGCUCAACGUUAUGGCGCAGUCUACUGGACCAUGGUAUUUUCCUGACCGCUUGACUUUGGCUAACGGGCAAGGGAACUCCGACCCAACGAGGCCCGUCAGCUUUCUAAAUGAUACCUUGUGGCGUGCAUUCGAUUUGAACAAACCUUUCAAUUUGACUGCACGGCUCAGCGUGUCUGAUCAAAGGUUUUGGCGCGCGGCUAUAUCAAUCGAAUCCCCACAGGCGACGUCUGCCCUGUUUAGGAUUGCUCUUCCACCAAACGACAUGCGAUUCAAUCUUGCGUGGAUGAGCGGGCCACAGACUCGAGGCGGCGCUUUUAACACUACUGCAUCAGCGCCAGCAUUGAAUACUGAAUUUGAUUUUGCCCUUGUCAAAAACGAUAGCAGUAUUUCCAUCAGUAUCAAUGGCGAAAGGCAGUGGUCUACUCCGUUUAGCUCCCAAAUUUUUAAUGCUCCGAAUAAAUCUAUUAUUCUUGGGAGAACCAUGUUGGACGGGAAUGCACUCCGUUCUCAAUGGAACGGUGUGAUUAGAAAUGUCCUUCUAAGCCAGACUCCCCCUUCAGCAGAAAUAGAUGCUCUCGCCUGGAUAUUAUGCUCCACAGCCUCGUGUGUUAUGGACCUUCAGACUGGAUCUUCUAAUUUCUAUUUAACAACAGCUCAGCUGCAUCAAGUCUGCGCGUGUCAUUACGGAAGGUUGCAUCAGCCCUUUCAACGAAUCAACAUCCAUAUUCACGCUGCGCAACGCUCGAUGUCAUUGAAGGGUUCGUCCUUGAACAAAGACCCGACCAAGCUCACCAUGGAGCCGCAAGAGCCACAAGUACAUCAAGCAUUGGCUUCCACUACGGUACAGAUGGCUCCCAAAAGUAUCAAGAUGGUAACCCAAGGCCAUAGCGAGAAACGCCCAUCUAGCGGCUACGAAAUCCCAACGGCCUCGUCCUCAGGCAAACUUCCAAUCUCGACGUUCGAUAAUACAACCUCCCCACCAAAAACUAAUCACUCAACUUCGCCAAAUCCAAUCACUCCCCCCCAAAGCAGCAAGUUGAUUGAUCAUACAGUAAUGCAUUCUCUACGGGAUACCACCUCUCCUAUUAUUUGCGCCUUUUUUGUUAUCAUUGGAAGUGGCCUAAUGGUGGCGGGAACGUUGGUCGUUCGUCAUUUUUUCCUCCCGCACAUCUAUACGUGUCCCGACGGUGCCACCUGCCAUGACAAUUUUGACCCCAAAGGGAAUAUCAUUCCACGCCUUCAAACCCUAAUGCAAUAUUGGUUCCAAGCCGGGGUCUUCAUCGCAAGUUUAGGGCUAUCAGAGCUCAUUUCUUGUAAUGCCCGUCUCGUCUUGAAAAAACGGACCGAUGUCACGAUACUGGCGGUGGAAAGAGGCGUCAACGCGUCAAAAGGGAAGAUGAAAGAUGCUGCUCUGCAACUAUCUAUCGUCGAAUCAUUAUAUUCCAUUGUGUCUCGACUUUGGCGCCGUGGCGACUAUAUCAGUCCCAAAAUCCAUCAUGGUACUGGUUGGUUGGGUGUCCUCGCGCUGUCCCAAGUUGCUGUGGGAAUCUUUAUCUCAUUUAUCGUCGGAUUCUCGAUCCCAGAUUUGCAAAGUACGACCACUGUCAAAGUUCCCUUCAGCUAUCGUAGCAUCAUCACCCUCCCGCGAGCGGACAGGCGAUAUCCCAGCAUUGACGAACGUGUUGUCGGAGGUGUUCUAGACAACUGGUUGAUAUUGCCAAAUUCUGCACAUAGGUCACCGACGGCAUUUGACGGGAGUCUAGCCGUACAAGACAAUAGAACUAUUCUGGCCAUCAAUCCCCAGGCCAGUGGAUCUCACAUUACGGGCGGCCUAUCAUGUGGCAGACAAGGGUGGAACGUGUCGAACAUUCCUUUCGACUCGGACUAUUUCUCUGACGAUCACGCUGCUCUUCCUUCUGGAUCGAAAGCAUAUAACAUUAGCGGCAAGGAUUCAUGGGUGGUUACAUAUUCCUACUUUCCUCUAGCCGCAUCUCCCGUUUUAUUCCCAAACCCAAACUCCAUACUGAUAUCCAACUCUACCAUCAAUCGUCAAUAUGUAUGGGCGGGAAAUACGAGCAAAGUGAUCCCAAAUGCAACAGCGUCAGAAGAUGGAGGAAUUUUUUUCACGGUCUGCAAUCAGACUGUAUUUAUGGACGACCUUCCUGAAAUCUCAGAAGUCAACACCCAGGCCAUCAACCCCAGCCUGCCUGUAAUUUUCUCCGACACUAAUGAUCCUUUCACCCUUCCUUGCAUCAGUUCCGACCCCUUCACUUGUGUCGCUUGGUCUGUCGAUCGCAUUAUCUCGUCUUGGUGGCUGGUCAACGCUGUAUUCUCAGAUUUGAUUCCCUUUUCCUGUGUGGAAGGGAUGCUCGUCGCGUACGAUGGACUUUCGGACACUAACAACUGCGCUCUAAACUCUGAAAGAUGGCAUAAAACUCUCAACAUGACGUUGAGUGCUCUCAUUUCCGCCGCACCCCUGUCCGGGAACCUUACUCAAAAUCUUUCGGUGACUACAGAGGCUAUGAACACCCACUUUUGGUUAAUUCAGCUCGUCCUUCCAGGUGCCACAAUGACUCUCCUGCUCGCGUGUCUGUCAUAUAUGUGGUGUCUCAUUCGCAAGGGCGAUGUGCUUUACAAGCUUGACCUACCGGAGGUGGUGGCAAAUCAGAAAAAACUCGAAGUCAAUGAAGGCAAUACACGCACAACGACAGUCACUGUAGAGUAG